CCAACUCCUUUAUAAAUUUGAACAUCUCUUCCUCGCAUAACCCUCUUCAACUCAGGAACACUCGAUUCAUCCUAUCUUUUAUAACUCAGAGAGAGAGAGAGAGAGAGAGAGAGAGUUUUACCGACUACACUUGCAUGGAGAUUAUUAUUUCCAUCCUACCAUACUUAUUUCUUCUUCUCUCAGCACUCAUUCUCUCAUACCCACUAAAGCUAAAGAGGCAAAAGAAGCAGCUCAAAAGAAUUGCUAAGCUACCUCCAGGUUCAAUGGGUUGGCCUUUUAUUGGAGAGACAAUCCAACUCUAUUCUCAAGACCCAAACAUCUUCUUUGCAACAAAGCAGAAGAGAUAUGGAGAAAUAUUCAAGACCCACAUAUUGGGUUGUCCCUGCGUUAUGCUGGCGAGCCCAGAAGCGGCUAGGUUCGUGCUGGUGACUCAUGCUCACUUGUUCAAGCCAACCUAUCCCAAGAGCAAAGAAAAGAUGAUUGGGCCCAACGCUUUGUUCUUUCACCAAGGGGAGUACCACACGCGCAUUCGAAAGCUGGUCCAGAGCUCGUUGUACCCAGAAGCAAUCCGAAAGAAAGUCGCCAACAUUGAGGCAGUAGCUGUUUCGGCAUUGAAGUCUUGGGCCGGUGAUCGGAAAGUGAUCAACACCUUUCAUGAAAUGAAGAAGUUCUCCUUCGAAGUUGGAGUUUUAUCCAUCUUUGGACACUUGGAUGAGUAUUACAAGCAAAAGCUGAAGGAGAACUAUUGCAUAGUGGAAAAGGGUUACAAUUCUUUUCCCACAAAAAUACCAGGAACCGCACAUCACAAGGCCCUCUUGGCAAGAAAGAGGCUCGGGGAGAUAUUGGGGGAGAUCAUAAGGGAGAGGAAGGAGAAGAGGAUAGUGGACAAGGACAUGUUGGGCCAAUUCAUGAGCUUUGAGCUCGAGGACGACGAAGACCAUGGUCGUUUGAGGGAGGACAAGGUGGUGGCCGAUAAUGUGGUCGGAGUGUUGUUCGCUGCGCAGGACACGACGGCCAGUGUGUUGACAUGGAUCCUCAAGUACCUCCAUGAUGACCCGAGGCUUCUGGAGGCUGUCAAGGCAGAGCAAAUGGCAAUAUUCAAGAUGAAUGGUGGAGGAAAGAGACCCUUGACAUGGGCACAGACUAAGAAUAUGCCACUCACUUACAAGGUGGUACUGGAGAGUUUGAGGAUCGCAAGCAUCAUAUCUUUCACAUUUAGGGAGGCAGUGGUUGAUGUGGAAUAUAAAGGAUAUCUGAUUCCAAAGGGUUGGAAAGUGAUGCCACUUUUCAGGAACAUUCAUCACAAUCCUGAAUUUUUCCCUGAUCCACAUAUCUUCGAUCCCUCUAGAUUUGAGGUAGCUCCAAAACCCAAUACAUUCAUGCCAUUUGGCAGUGGAGUCCACUCUUGCCCAGGAAACGAACUCGCCAAGCUAGAGAUACUCAUAUUGAUCCAUCAUCUCAUAACCAAAUUCAGGUGGGAAAUCGUGGGUACUCAAAGUGGGAUUCAGUAUGGUCCAUUCCCAGUCCCCCAACAUGGACUCCCAAUAAGAAUAUGGAAAGAUUCGAGCAGUGAAGUACAAGAUGGGUGCCCUUAAUUGGAACAUAUAUAGCCUACCGCCACUUUUCACUUGUCUGAACCAUAAUAAGUUCUUUCCUAACGAGUCCAAUUUCCAAUUAUGAAAAUCCACCCAACUUUUUUCCCGGGUGUCUAAAAAAUUAAGAAUUUUAAAGAAUUAUCGCAAGUCCGUAUUACCCUAAUGUAGCCAACUUAGCCGGUUAGCAUCUGUCGGCUUAUUUCCUUACUAAUUCCGACAUGUAGUAUGUAGCCAAUGUAAUGUAAAGUUCAAUCGAGUGGAACCUUUGGUUUCGCAACUAGAAUCUUGGUCUCAAGUUUUUCCUUGUCAAAUCUUGGUUAGUAUUUCUUGCUCCAUAUCAAAAGCAAAGUAUCAAGAAAGGAGAAACGCUAAAAGGGCAAUCCUGUACUUAUGGUUGGAGACUAAAGAGAGAGGAACCUUUUGAUUCACUUCUUAAUUUCAGCUCUUAUUAAUCUAACGUACACUGCUGCUCGAAUCAAUUAAACUUCCCAUUUCACGA